AUGGAAGAAGAACCCAAACUUCGGUAUCGUCGUGUCGGCGCCGGUGUUCGCGAUCUAUUAGAGAAAGAUGCAGCUUCUGCAUUACGAGUCUCUGACAAAUUUGUGGCACUUGGUACGCACUGGGGCGCGGUUCAUGUUUUAGAUUUUGAAGGCAACGUCAUAAAAACGUUUCAGAAACAUGCAGCCACGGUCAACGACAUUUCGAUAGAUGAUGCAGGAGAGUUCGUGGCAAGUGCAUCCGAUGAUGGCAAGGUUUACAUUUAUUCGCUUUACACAUCAGAAAUACAACAUUUCAAUUAUCGGCGACCUGUCAAAGCAAUUGCACUUGAUCCGGAGUUUGCGCAUAAAUCAACGCGACAGUUUGUUUCCGGCGGCAUGGCCGAGCAAUUGAUCAUGAACGAAAAGGGAUGGCUUGGACACAAAGACGUGGUCUUACAUGCCAAUGAGGGCCCCAUUUACUCAAUCCAGUGGCGAGGCAACUUCAUUGCUUGGGCUAACGAUGAAGGUGUCAAAAUGUACGACACAACCACCAACCUGCGUAUCACCUACAUUGAUCGACCUGCCGGUAGCCCUCGUUCAGAUCUAUACAAGUGCCGCAUGUGUUGGAAGAAUGAUACGACGUUGUUGAUUGCAUGGGCAGACACAGUCAAAGUCGCAGUCGUCAAGGAAAAACCAAAGCAUCAACAAACACAGGGUCAGCCAAUCCAUUAUGUCGAAAUUAUCAGCAUGUUUCAAACCGACUAUAUCAUAUCCGGCAUCGCUCCCUUUAACGAUACCCUAUUACUUCUCGGCUACAUUAUUGACGACGACGAAAGCGCGCUUGUAGUGGACACACAAGAUCCAGCAAUGCAACGCAAACGACGAGCAGUUCGACCUGAGCUCCACAUCAUUAAUGAUGAAAACGAAGAAAUCUCGGCCGACGUGCUUGCACUGCACGGAUUCGAACAUUAUCAGGCCAAUGACUACGUGCUCGAGUUUCUGGAUGAAGAGGACAUGUUUUAUGUUUUGGGACCCAAAGAUCUAGUAGCUGCACGACCUCGCGAUCAAGACGAUCAUAUUGAGUGGCUGAUGGAUCACGAACGCUAUGGUGAUGCAUUACAAGCUGCACGUGAUGCACAAGCGUAUCAUGGUGGCAGUCGACGGUUUGAUGUGGGCGAGAUUGGUCAGACCUAUUUGAACUGGCUGGUGGAGCAUAAGCAGUAUGAGGAUGCUGCUAAAGAAUGCCCGGGUGUGCUCGGAAAUGAUCGCACGAUGUGGGAGGAUUGGGUUUUCCGCUUUACUGAAUUAGGUGAACUCAAGGCUAUUGCUCCGUAUAUACCCGUUAAAGAUCCUCAAUUGAGCAGCACACUGUACGAAAUCGUCUUGGCUUGGUUUUUGAAAAGUGAUCAUUUGGCAUUGCGGAACACGAUCCAUCAAUGGCCACGGUCUCUGUACAGCCUGUCGAACGUCAUUGUUGCUGUGGAGGAUUAUUUACCCAAGGACAAGGAUAACGAAAUUCUGUUGGAAUGCCUUGCUGAUUUAUACACAUACAAUAAUCAACCCGAUAAAGCCAUCGAGUACAACUUGCGGUUGCGACGACCGAAUGCGUUUGAACUUAUUCAAGAAUACAACAUGUUUGAUGCUGUCAAAGACAAGGCAGUGUUACUCAUGGAAUUUGACCAGCAUCUGUAUGACAGUGAGCAGGACAAGGCUGAAAAGGUCGGAUCGCCGAAGCCUGCUAAAAAGCUAACACAGAUGCCAGCAAAAGUUGUCCGACAGUUACGAUCGCAUCUCAAAUUUUUACACGUUUAUCUGGAUGCUUUAUUUGAUCGUGAUCGACAUAUCGGAUACGAAUUUCAUGACUUACAGGUCGAACUGUAUGCCGACUAUGAUUAUCCCAAAUUACUCGACUUUUUACGUGCAAGCCAUUAUGUGUCUCUAGAAAAAGCAUACAGUGUAUGUGAAAAGAAGGAUCUGGUGCCGGAAAUGGUGUUUAUUCUUGGACGCAUGGGCGACAACAAGAGAGCUCUCAUGCUGAUUAUCGAACGAUUGGGUGAUGCAAUUGAUUUUGCCAAGGAACAAAAGGAUGAUGAUUUGUGGGAGGAUCUGCUGACAUACUCUAUGGACAAACCUAAAUUCAUUCGUGGGCUUCUCGAGAACGUGGGCACGGAUAUUGAACCAUUAAGAUUGAUCAAGCGUAUUCCCGACGAAUUAGAAAUCCCUGGUCUGAAGGACGCUUUGCUAAAAAUUUUACAGGAUUACAACUUGCAGAUGUCUCUGCAUGAAGGAUGUGAAAAGAUUCUUGUCAGUGAUAGCGUGUUCCUGGCGGAUCGAAUGUACCGGACCCAAAAGCGAGGCAUCAACUGCACCCAGGACAUGCUUUGCAGUAUAUGCGACGAACUAGUAUUCGACAAUAGCAACUUGGACGAUUUUCCCAACAGCAUUGUAUUCUUUUGUCGACACGCGUAUCACGAACGAUGUCUACUUGAUAGAGACGAGGCAGACAAUGCCUCAGCAGCAACUGCAACCCCAUCCAAUGCCAUCCAUCCAGGAACCCUUUCAACCAAAAUCAACCAUGCCGCUUUACUCAAAUCCACACGAGAUAUCGGAUGUCCGUUGUGUCGUGAACAAGCCGCCGGUGGUAAUGCUUUCGUCAACCGGAUGAAGUCACAGCGUCGUGGGGGGGCAGCAACGGCAGGCGGUAAUAAGUCCUUGUCUCCAGGCGCAUCUUCACAUACUGGCAGCAUGCGCAGUCUAGGUGUAGUUCACUGA